AUAUAAAUAUAUAACCAUAUAUAGAGAGAGGCUUCACACCCCUAGACGAAGCACAAUUUUCACUUAUAUAUGUACUUUCAAUAUUUUCUCAUUCUCCAACCUCUUCCUAUAUUUAUAUAUAUAUUAUAUAAUAUCACUUACCUAGGUUUCAUACAUAUAUAGUGAACUUCUUGAAAUCCAACAAUAACAACAACAACAUAGAAGAAAAUGGAUCAAGAUCAUCAUCACCAUCAUCAUCAAGGCCAACAAGAGCAUCACCAUCACUACUAUUCCUCAAAUAGUCCAAAUGGGUCAGAUCAAAUCAGAAUUAAUAAUAAUAAUAAUGAUGGUGGUGAACCAGCUGUGAGGUCAAGAUGGACACCAAAGCCAGAACAAAUCCUUAUACUUGAGUCAAUCUUCAAUAGUGGUAUGGUAAACCCUCCAAAAGAUGAGACUGUUAGAAUAAGAAAACUCCUUGAGAAAUUUGGGGCUGUGGGAGAUGCAAAUGUCUUCUAUUGGUUUCAAAACCGUCGUUCUAGGUCAAGACGCCGCCAGCGCCAGUUGCAAGCUCAGCUAAACAACAUAGGUUCUGGCGGUGGUAAUGGUAGUGGAAGCAGUGCUGUUAGCGGUGGUGGUGUAAUUCAGUAUGAAAGUAAUAAUAAUAAUAAUAUUAUUACUUCGACCACCACCGCUAACAAUACUGCUUCUAGUAGUAGUGGUAAUAAUACUCAUACUACUACUACUACUGCCUCGGCCAUAGCUGUGGCCGGGUUUGGUGGAUGUGGGUUUCCUUAUUCUUUUCUUACAUCUUCUCCUUCGAAUAAUUCUUCUCCUUCGAAUUCUACUUCUUUUGAUCUUAUGGGCGGCGGUUGUUCUUCUUCGAAUUCUUGUGGUGGUUUUGGAGAUGAUCACCAUGGCCGUGACGGCCAUGGUGGGUUGUUUGGUCAUAUGAGUUUCCCUGAAAUCGAGCAAAGUUCUCUUGUAACGUCUGCUUUAUACCAUCCAGAGAGCUCAAAUAUGCAUUUCCAAUUAUCAGAUGAAGAUAUGAUGACAGUGUUUAUAAAUGGGGUAGCAACAGAAGUGGCAAAAGGUCCAAUUGAUUUGAAAGCAAUGUUUGGUGAUGAUGCAAUUUUGGUUCACUCUUCAGGUGUUGCUGUUCCAAUCAAUGAUUUUGGUAUUUUACUACACAGUUUGCAACCUCAUCAAAGCUAUUUCUUGGUUCCAAGAUCAUCAUUAGGUAAUAACUAAAGCGGCGUCUACCUUAUAUCAAUGGAAGCUUCCCUUAUAUAAUAAUUUCAAUUUCAAUUAAUAUUUCUUUUUCUUUAAUUAUAUAUUAAUUCUCACCUUCCUUUUGUGGUUAUUUUGAUAUUAAGAAUUUUAUUAUGUUUGGUCUUAUAUAUAAAUAUAUAUGUGUGAUAAUAGGAGAGAAAGAGAGAAAGAGAGAGAUGUGAUAUAUAUAUAUAAAAAUAUAUGAUCAAGAAGCCUCAUAUAUAAUCAUGAUCAAGUAUAUAUGCAUGCUGCUUGAUUUGAAAAUUUAUAAUAUUCUUUGCAAUUUGCAUGCAUGAACCAAAUAUUGAGUCCUUUUUUUAUUUCUUUAAUUUAUGAUCAAUACUUUUAUUAUUGUAUGGCUUUACUCU